AUGCCCCAGACGGGUUCGAGCGCAUCUUUGGGAACCCCAGGCCUUCGCGUGCCCCAGACGCCUGUGGCAGCUUUUGGAUGCUGGGAAGCGCCAGGCCUUCGUAUACCCCAGACGCCUGUGGCAGCUUUUGGAGUCCGGGGAACCCCAGGCUUAACCCCAGGCAUUCGCAUGCCCGAGACGCCUGGAACUCCAAGCAGCAUGUUUCUGAGAACCCCAGGCCUGCACGUACCCCAGACGCCGCCAGCAACCCCAGCUAGCACAUUUCUGAGCGCAUCUUUGGGAACCCCAGGCCUUCGCGUGCCCCAGACGCCUGUGGCAGCUUUUGGACGCUGGGAAGCGCCAGGCCCUUUCGAGCUCCAAACGCCUUUGCCGGAAGAGCAGCAGCCGUGUGAAGAUCCGUGUGACGACACUCGUUCCCCUGGUGUGGCUGGCUCCGGGAUGGACACCUUCGAGGAGGCGUGCUCCCACUCGGGAAUGCCCGAGCACGCCCGCUACUGCAUGCACUGCGGCGAGCCUUUGCAGAGGCCGCGGUCCCGGACGAGGUCGCCGGACGUGCAUGGCAAGUUGCGCAAGAACUGGGGCAGCUUGGAUCUGGAGAUUGUGGGGUUCCGGCUCCCGCCAGGGGCAGAAUGUGAGGACUACGACGGCUCUGAGCCACUUUGGGACCACUUCCGCUCCUGCCUCCUAAGAGGACGUGCUGAAGCUGUAGAAGUCAAGGAGGAGAUCGAUGAGACAGGCGAUGUCCAAACAGUUCCCAUCGAGGCUGUUGGAAACCUGCAGCAAUGGUGCAGCAGUCGCUUCAGGGAUGGCCGCACAUUGGAAGAGACUACUUCGCAGCUGAAGCGCGGUAGAAUCAAUGAGCUGGAGCAUCACAACUUUGUUCUGAAUGUCGCAAAAGCUUGUGUCGAUGGCAAUGUCUACUACUGGUCUUUGGAUCAUCGGCGCUUGCUGUGCUUGAGGCAGGCUGGCAAGCAACAUGUGCGAGUCAAAGUUUGUCUCUCAGGCAGAAGGUUCGACGAGUUUGCCCGCAAAGACUUCGGUCGUCUUCGGCACGAUGAACAUAUUCAAGUCCGUGGACGACGCCGAUGA